GGGGACGGCCGCGCGCGCCAUGUGUCCGCGCCGCUCGGGGCCCGGGCGCGGGGCCUUGAACCCGGGCCCGGGCGUGGGGCGGCGGGGGCGGCCGGGCGGCUCCGCGGAGGGCUCUUUUCUUUCUUCUUUUUUUUGAAUGAACCGUGUGACGUACGCACAGGAAACCAGGCGGUUUGAGAGGAGAAUGAAGUAAGAGGCCAGACCCCCCGCCCGCGCCCGCCCCCUUCCUCCCCGCCCCCUCCCCCGCCCGCGCGCCCGCCCGCCCUCGGCGCUCCCGCCCCGCGCUCUCGGUUUCCCCGCCGAGCCGCCGCCGCCGCUGCCGCCGCUGCAAGUGAAUGUGCCCGGGCUCCCGGAGCUUCCUGCCGGCGCGGCCGUCCCCGCUCGGAGCGGGCUGCGCGGCCGAACAGCGGGGGAGGCGGACGCCGCCGCCGCCGCGCGGGAGGAGGAGCAGGAGGAGAAAGGGUGCGCAGCCCGGAGGCGGGGUGCGCCGGUGGGGUGCAGCGGAAGAGGGGGUCCAGGGGGGAGAACUUCGUAGCAGUCAUCCUUUUUAGGAAAAGAGGGAAAAAAUAAAACCCUCCCCCGCCACCUCCUUCUCCCCACCCCUCGCGGCACCACACACAGCGCGGGCUUCUAGCGCUCGGCACCGGCGGGCCGGGCGCGUCCUGCCGUCAUUUAUCCAGCAGCUUUUUCGGAAAAUGCAUUUGCUGGUCGGACUUUAAUCAGAAGAGGAUUCCUGCUCCCCCACCGGCCCCGGCUCGUCCAUCGUGCCCCCUCCCCCUGUCUCUCUCCCCUGGAUGCGUGAGGCAGUCCCGUGGAUGGGGAGCCGUGUCUGUGCCCGCGCGUGUAUGUGCGUGUGUAAAUUGCCGAGAGGGGGAAAUCACAGGACUUCUGCAAAUUCUGGACUGAAAAUUGUAAUUCAGCUGCCACCGCCGCCGCCUUUUCCUCUCGUGCUCUUGAGAGCUCCGAUUGGGAUUCCUACGGAUUGACAUUUCUGUGAAGCAGAAGUCUGCGAUUCAAUCUGGAAAUUCUCCUCGUUUUUAGCCGCCUCCGACUCCGGGUUCAUUUGCAAGUUUCCAAGCAGCUCUAACCAGAGAGUUCUGAAGAUUGAUGGGAUGUUUGCCUUAUGCAUUUGUUUUGUCUUUGCAAAAAAGGAAACUUGACAGAGGAUCAUACUGUCCUUAAAAAAUACAACAUCACGGAGGAAGUAGAGCGAUAUUAAACAAUAAUUAAUGCUAAUAACGUGCCUCAAGAAAUAAAGACCCGAAAGGAAUUUAAAUCUAAAAAUUUCCUGCAUCUCAUGCCAAGGGGGAAACACCAGAGUCAAGUGUUCCGCGUGGCUGAAGACACCCCCUCAUCCAAGAAUGCAAAGCACAUCCAAUAAAAUAGCCGGAUUAUAACUAUUCUUUUUUCCUUCGGGGUUGUGGGGUGGGAGCGGGGGCGAGAGGUGCCGUUGGUACCCGGCUGCUUGUCCUCGGGGGAAGGAUGGCGCACGCUGGGAGAACAGGGUAUGAUAAUCGGGAGAUCGUGAUGAAGUACAUCCAUUAUAAGCUGUCGCAGAGGGGCUACGAGUGGGAUGCCGGAGACGCGGGCGCCCUGUCCCCGGGGGCCGCCCCCGCGCCGGGCAUCUUCUCCUCGCAGCCGGGGCGCGGCCCCCUGCGCGCUGCGCCCCGGGACCAGCCGGCCAGGACCUCGCCGCCGCCCCCGGCCGCCCCCGCCGCCGCCGCCGCGGGGCCUGCGCUCAGCCCGGUGCCACCUGUGGUCCACCUGACCCUGCGCCAGGCCGGCGAUGACUUCUCUCGUCGCUACCGCCGCGACUUCGCCGAGAUGUCGAGCCAGUUGCACCUGACCCCCUUCACCGCGAGGGGACGCUUCGCCACGGUGGUGGAGGAGCUCUUCAGGGACGGGGUGAACUGGGGGAGGAUUGUGGCCUUCUUUGAGUUCGGUGGGGUCAUGUGUGUGGAGAGCGUCAACCGGGAGAUGUCGCCCCUGGUGGACAGCAUCGCCCUGUGGAUGACCGAGUACCUGAACCGGCACCUGCACACCUGGAUCCAGGAUAACGGAGGCUGGGUAGGUGCCUGUCUGCUUGAAUGUGAGUCUGUGCUUGAGGGCCGAGGUCGGAGAGGCCGCGGUCGGUCGCAGUGUGGGUGGACUCCGGGGUCCAGCGGAGGCUGCCGAGCCGGUGAAGUGACAUCGGGGUGGCUGCCUCCCUGCUGCCCUCCCUCCCUCUUCUCCUCUACCAGGCUUUCCCUUCUGUGACAAGCCCUUCCCGCCAAAAGUGUUUUCAAAGAGCCAGCAUUUGCCGGCCGGUAGGAUUUGGGGACAAACGGUAUCCCGUCAGCGGUUCUCAAACUGUGGUCCAGGGAUCCCCUUCAUCACAGUUACCUGGCCUGGGUGGCUCAUUGACUUUGGGGAUUCCAGGGGCUGUGUCUGCCUGCUGAACCGGACCCCAGGACUGGGUCCCGGGAUUUUGCAUUUUAGACACACUCCCCUGGGGGACCCUUCUGUGUACUAGAAAUUGAGAACCACCCAACUAGAAGAUAAUACUCCACCAGAUCAAGGGGAUACCUUUCUGACUCUCUUGAUAAAUUUACCUGGAAAUGUUAGGUGUGUCUGUAAAGAGGUAAGUGGACAUUCCAAAUGCCGACGGUCGCUAGUGUAGAAUGGGUGCUGCUUUCCCAGUGGUCGUUUUAGUGUGUCUUGAAGAACAUUGGAAUACAGAUGCUCUACUUGAUCUCAUCGGCUGCAUACUUGACAUUCUAUUUCUAUAACUGGUGUAUGAUUUAAAAGUUUACUGGAGUUUUAUAUCUUUUACUUUUCACCACCUAGAAUCCACGCCGUUUUGUGGUCUCUCUGCUAAAAGAAGCUUGCAUCUCAGGUAGCUUAUGAAAAGCAUAGAACAUUUUAUUCUUACCUGUGUAUUCUCCCUUGCCCUGCCUUUCGUUGACGUGAUCGAUGCCUGUAGUUUUGAAGAACACCUGUGAGAUGAGCUUCCUAUCAUACCAUUGUUUUCUCUGUUGUCUUUGGGGGAGGGAUGCAGAGCUUGCAAGUCAAGGAUUAUAAUUAAGAGCUGCAUCUUUUAUCCGCAGUUAUUAAUGUGUGAAAAGGUAAUAGAAGAAUAAUUCUUGUCUGAAGUUAUUUUAGGCCUUUUGUUUUAACUCCAGGAGUUAUUGUUGAAAAAGGAUGCAAUUCAGUGCUUCCUUGUAUAGUCUCUUGGGAGAAUUACUAAUGUUAUUAUUUUAUCAGACCUCCUAGGAGCAAAAAGCCUAGAAAUGAGCACACGUGGGUUGGAUUUCAAAAAGUACAUUACAUGUUUUACUACGUUUUACAAAACGUGCUAAUAACUAAGAGGCCAAAAAGAGAAAAGGUUAAAACAAGGAGAUGACUGACAUGAGAGUAUCUGCAGCUAUUUGAUCAAAGCUGAUGAAAUAUUGAUGCCACUGUUGAAUGUGUAAACGGUAAGAUUAACUGAAAUAUCCCAGUUUAAGUCUCUAGCAUUUAAAUGCCCUUUGUGAUUUGUUUGUUUGUUGAGACCCACAUUAUCAGAUCUUUAGUAAUUCUAGAAGCAUUCACCAAAAGGUUUUUGAAAAGAGUAUAUUUGUUAAAUAUUUGGUCAGGUAGGCAGUUUUAUUUUUAACCAUUGUAACCAAAGAGGUAGGGACUUCCAGAUUCCAAAAGGGUCAUUUUAAAAACUAAAUUAAAACUUAUUUAAUAGUUAAAGUCACAAUUUUAAACUUUCUUUGCAGUUGAAAGAAAUACAAGGUGGUAACUUGUCCUCUGUUAAGUAAUUUGAUAAAGGGGUGGGAAACCGAAACAUAUGUUUACUAUGGAAACUGAGAUACAAUCUUGAUCUUGUCAUUCAUUUGCAGUAUAUCAACAUCUCAUACAAUUGAGGUUUCUUUUUAAGUGAAGGCUUACUUUUUCUCCUUUCAAAACAGAGUUUUUGUAGGAGAGCAUAUCUUUGUGGUCCACAGGUAUCUGAGGUUGAUAGAUGUAGAGGCUAAGUUUUAUGAUGCCAAACCACAAUGACAUACUGUAGAACGUGAUAAAAAAAUUUCUGACAGAACCUCUUAAAGUAAAAGUAAAUCACAUAGGAGCACAAAUGUAUUAGUUUUCACAACAACACAGAUCGAUGACUAUCUAGGAAACACUAAGGAAUUAGGCAGGGAAAAAACUAUGUAAGAGGAAAUGCAAUCAUUUGUGGACACUUUGGAAUAAAAGUGGUAGUAUUUGAGUUUUAAAUGUUUUGUCUAUUAUUUCCAGUAUGCAUUAUUAGUCUAAAUUUGUAUUGUGGGGUUUGGCAUAUAGACAGCUUUUCCCCCAAAUUUGGACCAGCCAGGGUUUCAUCUCUAAUGAUAUGGUGCAUCUUACACUUUAAAGUGGUCUUGUGAACAAUCGUUAAGUUUCAGAAGAGAGCUAGCAAUUUUUUUCAGCAUGUGGCAAUGAUCUGCAUUCUCCCCAGACCUGAUGGAUCAGCUCCUGUACUGAACAGUAUACUAAUAAUAUACUAAUGGGGGCUUUAGACCCAGAGUCACUUUUUUCUUUGCUGCUGCUGCAAAAUCAGAACCUUCCUGAAGCUGAGGAAAACUGUUUGCAUUUCAUGUCCCAUAACUUGGAGAAAGCUUGGAAUGAUGCCUCUGAUAGACGGUCCUUGAAGCCUACAAAUUAAAUAAAGACUAAAGAGAUUGAGUGUAGAGUGAAGUGUGGCUUUAUUCCUGUCAGAAUAAGGUAUUGUUGUAUCCAGAAAAAGGCUGAGGGAAGAGCAAGAGAGCAGCUGUUCUAGAAACUAAGACCUUAUUGCUGCUCAAAGUGUGGUUCUUGGGCGUCACCUGGGAGCUUCCUAAAAAUGUAGAAUCUCAGACCCCACCUCAUACCCACCACAUUAGAAUCUGUGGUUAACAGGAUCCCCAGGUGAUUUGUGUGCACAUUCAGGUUAGAGAAGUGCUGGCUAAGAUACUCGAUUCGUGGUCUACUUGAUUUUUUAGGAAGAAUGAUAACCUGGGAUGGAAGCCUGCAUUGUCCCUUUCUAGCAGCCCCCCGAGUAUUUCCCAGAUGUUCACUAGGGUGGUCUGAUAGAUUGGAAUGAAGGAGAGAUGAGGUAAAUUCAGAUAAACCUGUCUUCUCAGGGAUGUUUUUCAUAGUAUCUCUAUAGUUUGUUUUGGCAUCACUGGCUUCAUUAAAGUAAGACAGCUUUUCUACUCCAAUUAAAGGCAGAAGGUUUAGCUGUUUUAAUUGCUCUAUUAUUAUUUUACCCCCUCCUAACAUGGUUUAAUUCUGUAAAUGAGUUUAGUGGCCUUGAGACUACUUUGGGACAAAGGGUCUCUUGCAAGCAAAGGGUUGAAAUAUGGGCAAGUUUGGUGAGUGAAAAUUGUUAGCACCCUCCGCACUGAGAAAUGUGGUAACAUUCAGCCUCACGUCUUAAAAGAGUGAGAUGUGGACUACUUAAAAAAUGAGAUGGUUCAAACAGGAGAUUGUUUGGCUUCAUUCUGUUGACCAGAUGGUGGUGCGACUUGUUUUGUUUUGUUUUGGUCUUUUAGACUUGGUUGUUUAGGAAGAUAGGAACUUCUCUGUAGAUGUUAGCUUCCUUUUUAUUAGUCAACAAGCAGUUCUACCACUGCUCUUUCCUGAGUGCAGUCCACGGCCAGCAAAACAUUUGAUAAACUGGAAAGCAAUACCAUUCUCAUGCCAGUGUAAAAAUUGUGUGAAAGAGCAUCAUUUUUACAGUGGCUGAGUAUUAGCUGCUUGUGGCCACUUUUGGCAGCAAAAUGAUAGGGUUAAAAAUAGCUUGACGAUGAUCCAAUCUUAAAUAAUAUCUUGAAUGAUGAACUUUCCUUGGGAAAGUGCAUCUUUCUGCCUGUUAAGAAUCACAUGACCCCUUUCAAUAAUUUAUUUUGUAGAAAAAAAUACAUGAUUGCAUCUAGCGUUUUUGGUCAUGCGCUGUUGACUGACUGUAUUUCUGGACCUUCACAAAGUUUUAUAGUUUACCCAAUCCUCUUUUCAGGCCCUUUGUUGUAAUUUAAUGGUGGUUGAAAACAUAACUGCCUUUUGCGCAUCCUGUUACUUUUGGUUGUGCUCUCCAGUGAGAACUAGUGGCUCUUUUUUAGCAAUCCAUGUUUGGGCUGGUCCAUUUUAGAUUGCUUAAAUGUCAUUAGGCUACACACACCAGCAGGUAACAGAAGGCCACAGAUUGGGGGAAAAAAAAAUAAAAGCCAAACUCUUGCACCUUUUCAUUAUCUCUGCUCGCAGUCCUGAUCAGCUUUUUGAGGGGCUGAUAAACGUGCUUGUAAAGCAGGUGUGUGGGUGCUGCAAGCGUUGUUGGUCUGCUCCCCACUUGGCACACAACCCACCAUUGCCAGGGACACUCAUGGUGUCUCAGCAAUAGUUUCGCCAUGCAGUAUUUCAGCAGAAGCACAUUUGUACCUGAAAGCAGCACUGUCUUUGUAGUGCACAGGUAGAAAAUCUCCACCCCCAUCCACUCCCCACCCUGGGAUGUAUUGUGUCUGAGGUUCAAAGGUUCUGCUAAACCUUUCUAAGGUAAUCUAAUAUCACCUUAUUCAGGUAUAGCAGUAACCUCUUAGUCUGUUUGCCCUUUCUCCCCAAUCAUAUAUAUAUAUAGGAGACCACUCACUGAGUUUACUUCACUAGGAAGUUUUCCUUUCAUUCCUCUUGGUUUGGUUCCAACAGAAUUAGAGUUUGUUCUCUAAAGGAGAUUAAUGAUGAAAAUCAUUCAAGGACUGGGUCAGUUAUUCAGCAGACCUGAAUGUGCGGCUCAUGUGCGUC